AUGGUGGUGCGUCUGGACAUCCUCCGCUGGACGGAGAGCCACUCCGAGGACGUCUGGAACCACGCGGUGCUGAACGUCCUCGGUGGAACUCCAACCGCGUAUCCUCCGUGGAACAUCAGCCGAGGCUCAUUCCAUACUAUCAAUCCUGCUUACAACUCAGAGGACAAUAAGUUACAGAGGAAAGUGGCCUGCCAGCAAUCCCUGGAGAUCGACUAUAAACUGGAGUUUGAACACUUCUUCGCUUUGGAAGAGGAGACCACAGAUCUCAAAGUCAAAGUCAAGAAGCUGCAGAUAGAAAUCUUGGAACGAGACCACAUGAGAGACGAGUUCCCCACAAUGGUUACAAUGAGAUGCUGUUUGGAGGAACUCAAAAAAGAGUUAGAGUCCGAAAUUUCUGAGCUGGAAGAGCGGCCGAACGAUGCAGAAGAACUCAGCGUCCUGCAUCAGACACUCGCCGAGCAGCUGCUGGAAACCACAGAAGAAACAGAAAUGCUGCAGAAAAGACGGGACCAAGUCAGAGAGUCUCUUCAGGAAGUGAAAGACAUGGAAGGGAAAUGUCAGGAGAUCCGAGCAGAAACAAACAAAAGCAUCCAGAUGAACUCGGAUCUCUCAAAGGAGAUCAAAAAACUGGAGGAUGAAAUCCGUGGUUUUCAUGAUGUGAAGGACAGAGUCAUCGCCGCCACAGAGGAAAACCGCAGGAUGAAGGAGGAAACUCUCACUCUGCAGAAUUUAAGCAAAAAUUCACGCAGCGAGAUUCAGCAUCUCCAGCAGCAAACUGACAUUCUUCAGCAGGAACUGAAAAAGCUGAAAGAUCAACGUCAGAAAAGAGACCAAAUGAAGGAGGAAAUCUGCCGCAUGCAGAAGCUCCAGAAAAGUCUGGAAACUGAGAUCCAAGAUCUAAAAUCUCAGGAAAUUGAAGCUCAGGAAUGGGUCGACAAGUACAACCAGGAGAAGGCUGAAGCAAACCCGCUUCUCAAGGAGACCCAAGACCUCCAGAAAACCAAGGAGGACCUGACAGAGUCCAUCAACCACCUUCGCUUGAUCCAAGACAAAGACCACACCCCCCUCAGAGCACGCCUCCAGGAGAUCCCAUCAACUCCUUCAAAGGUUGAAGAGAACUCUGAUGACGAAGAGAUUGUUGAAGACAAGGAGGAACAAGUCUCCACCAAAGAUGAUCAAGCUCCAGCAAAUUCUGGAUCCUCAUUGAUUGGUGAAGAUGAGGAGGAAGAAGAUGAGGAGCAGGAUGAGAAAGUCACUUUGGUUGAAGACUCCCGGUGGUCUUCGGAUGACGAGGAGUCCCCAAAUUCCGAAGAAGGAACCGACUCCAACACAGAAAUUCCACACAUGAACAAUUCUGGCUCUUCAUUGGCUAAAGAGGAUCAAGAAGAAGAUGAAGUAGCCAAUGAUGAUGAAGAUUGUUCAGAUGAAGAUGAGGAAGAGAAUAUUGGUUCUAACAAAGAAAUCCAGGAUAUGAAACGUUCUGGCUCUUCUGAGGAAAGUCAAGAGGAAGAUGAGGAGGAAGAGGAGGAGCAGGUCCAAACUGGAGAGCGGGACGAUCCGAUCCUCGUCUGA